AUGAAUCGUAGUAUGCAAGAGGAAUUCACGGAGCUGACGUCGUUAAACAGCAGUAAUUUCUCCCGUAGUGACGAUAGCACGCGCCAUCGGCCGCCGAUCAGCGCCCCGUUCGCCAAGCCGAUCUCUGCCGUUUAUGCAAGAAGUCCUGCUCGUGACGUCACCAACACGACGAGCCUUGCUUAUACGGGACCUGCGACAGCGGAUACGAUACUGUGCGAUGAGGUUGAACAUCUGGAGAGGGAUCUUACCGAUUUUUCACUCUCCUCACUCACCGACAUUGUUGACGAUACACGGCCUCUGAUAACGGGCAACGGAAAACCGCCAUCGCAACCAAAGACCACUGGCAGUGCGUCAUCAUCGUCAACGCCAUCGCCGAAUUCGAUUCGAUUGAUGACAGCUGAAGAAUUGCAACGAUGGCAUGAGAAAGAGACUCGUGAACACAAAAAAGCGCAAUCACAUUUAAGUAGUGGCCGCCGGAAAGAGCCUCUUCCAGACGGUCCGAUAGUGGACGACGAGAAGUCCUUCAGUGCGAAUCUGGCAGCUCGCCAGACAAAAGAGACACCAGCAGAUUGGACGGUCGCUGCUCAGGAAGCCUACAAACUACUUGUAGAAUGUGGUCGGGACCUAACCAACACUCCUUCGCCAAACGGAUCACAAUCAUCGAAAAUAAACCAGCAAAAUCAGCAUCACCAGUGCCCCCUCGUCCAGCCACUCCUCCCUCAUGUGAAAGCUCGUGAAUCUUCGGUGGAGUCCACCGUGUCCACCCAACUAACAGAGGAUGUGACAAGCUACUCACCACAAAAACGAGUUCAUGUCAUCGAAACGAAGCUGUUGACUACGACAGCUGCAGAGGAGGAGGCUCGUCUCCCACCGGGUUUGCCACCGAAAUUCGAUCAAAAACCGCCACCUGGACGACCUCCGAAAACGCGUAAUGUGAGUUUGUGGGUCGGCGCUGUCAAUAGAGAAUAG